GAAAAUCACUCCCGACGCUAGAUGCAUUCAACGUGGAAAGGGACUUUGCUCCUUCUUGUCGUGGUUUUGAUAACGCAAGAUUGCUUCUCCUCCAAAGGGGAGGACAGACUCUUCCGACGGCUGUUCCGGAGGUACAACCAGUUCAUCCGGCCUGUGGAGAAUGUGUCCGACCCUGUGACGGUGGAGUUUGAGGUCUCCAUAUCCCAGCUGGUCAAAGUGGACGAAGUCAACCAGAUCAUGGAGACCAACCUCUGGCUCAGACACAUCUGGAAUGACUACAAGCUGAGGUGGGCUCCAACAGAGUUUGACGGAAUUGAGUUCAUCCGCGUUCCAUCGAAUAAGAUAUGGAGGCCUGACAUUGUGCUGUAUAACAAUGCUGUGGGGGACUUUUUGGUAGAGGAUAAAACCAAAGCACUGCUGAAGUUUGAUGGCACGGUGACCUGGGUCCCCCCAGCCAUUUUUAAAAGCUCUUGCCCCAUGGACAUCACUUACUUCCCAUUCGACUACCAGAACUGCUCCAUGAAGUUCGGCUCCUGGACAUACGACAAGGCCAAGAUUGACCUGGUGCUGAUCGGGUCCAAGGUCAACCUCAAGGACUUCUGGGAGAGCGGGGAGUGGGAGAUCAUCGACGCCCCGGGCUACAAACAUGACAUCAAGUACAACUGCUGUGAGGAGAUCUACACGGACAUCACCUACUCCUUCUACAUCCGCCGCCUCCCGCUCUUCUACACCAUCAACCUCAUCAUCCCCUGCCUGCUCAUCUCCUUCCUGACCGUGCUGGUCUUCUACCUGCCCUCAGACUGCGGAGAGAAGGUCACCCUCUGCAUCUCGGUGCUGCUCUCCCUCACCGUGUUCCUGCUGGUCAUCACCGAGACCAUCCCGUCCACCUCGCUGGUCAUCCCGCUGAUCGGCGAGUACCUGCUCUUCACCAUGAUCUUCGUCACGCUCUCCAUCGUCAUCACCGUCUUCGUGCUCAACGUGCACUACCGCACGCCCAUGACGCACACCAUGCCGGGCUGGGUGCGCUCCGUCUUCCUCCGGGUCCUGCCUCGCAUUAUGCUAAUGCGCCGGCCUCUGGACCAACAGGAGCCUGCCAAGGGUUCCGGGGGCGGGGCCGGGAAGAAGAGGCGGAACAGCGCCUCCCUGCAGGGCGCUGUGAACUGCCUGGAGUACGGGGAGAGCAAGAUGACCAUGGAGCCCAAGAAGUGCCCCUGCCAGCACGGCAAGGAGGGCCCCGAGGCCCCGGACUCCAGCAAGCUGGGCCGGCAGCUGAGCCCCCAGCCCAUCAACACAGUGGUGGCCUUCUCCGUGGUGUCGCCCGAGAUCAAGCAGGCCAUCGAGAGCGUCAAGUACAUCGCGGAGAACAUGCGGAGCCGCAACAAAGCCAAAGAGGUGGAGGAUGACUGGAAGUAUGUGGCAAUGGUCAUUGACAGGAUCUUCCUUUGGGUGUUUGUGCUGGUCUGUUUACUGGGAACAUUGGGCCUGUUUCUCCAGCCACUCAUUGGCUUCUUCACAUAGUCCUCCCACAUGUCCUGGUGUCUCCAUAGCUGUAGCUGUACAGUGCUAUCACAUACACACACAAGUGUACGCGUCUUUGAUUGCAAAGCGACUAUAUGUGUGCUGAAAAAAAGAAAUUUCCCAUAGCAAAUGUUCCCGAGGAUAACUGGAUAUUCAUUUAUCCCGGCAAGUAUUGGUUUCAA